AUGUCGUUUGCAUCUGAUAAUCAGAACCAAACCAUGAGCUUCGAAAAUAACUCGCCGGUAAGUUCCUACUCCUUCUCAUCUGUUUCGACUUCACCUCCUCCAAGCCCUCGAAAAACCUCCAAAUCCUCUAUCCAAAUCAAACUUAUGCAUGGUGGAGCAACCUCUACCUCUCAGCAGCCAUCUCAGUUGAAGCCUACCACAACACCCACAAAACUUCCUUCUAAAACCACCAAAGCCAUCGCAACCCUUCCGACCAAGACCCCUCAACCAAAACCCAAAACUACCCCGAAGCCAAAGCCCAAAACACCUUUAAAACUGAGGAAGCAUCUAUCAUCUACGGCUGCCAAUAAACUAUACACCAAGCCUACCCCACCACCAUUCAUUCCUAACAUAACUUCAGUGGGUGCAACGUAUGACCCCAUUCCAGCCUACCUUCACAACGCCCCAUCACCAACCAUGCGUCCACCGCCUCCACCUUCAAUCCAACCCUUAGCCACCAUCUACCUAGUCGAAUCAGGACGCGUCAAGCCAACUGCGCGUUCAACCCAUCGUCAUAUCCUUCUCUGGUCGCCUCAUACCCCAUCAGGCACCCCACCCAUUUACUUCACCUUAGAACUUGACAGUCCUAUGUCAAGAGCGUAA